AACCCAUAACUUGGCAUAAAUGGUAUAUACUACCAUAGUACCUGACAGAUCUCUACUGGCAAAUGCAAUAGCUAUAUAGAUGAAUUCUGUAGCACUUUAGCUAGAUCUAAUUUGUCAUAAGAUCUAGUGAACUUCAUAUCUCAAGGAUCUGACUAUGGAUGAUUCAACGAGCCAUCAGAAACAGGUUUCCAAUUUCAUUUGGAAAAAGAACAGAAAAACCAUUGCUUUUAAACUGAAUGUUGCAAUCUUCCCUUAUCUAAUGCAAGAGUCCUUGAUCUCUGAUAGAGCUGGAAAGAAAUACACUGACCCGAAAUGUUUUGAUUACCAGAAGAUAGAUCUUCUUGUCACAGCGGUACCCAUGUGUGGCCAUGACGACUAUCUCCUCAAGUUUAUCUGGUGUCUAAGGAGCAGUGCAGCUGACGCUGGUGAUGCUCACAAUGAGCUGGCAGAUUUGCUAGAGAGUGAGUACAAAGACAUGCUCACUCGUCAAGUGUCGCUAACAGAAGAGAUCAGCAAGAAAACAAUUUAUGAUCCACAAAUUGGUGCCAUGUUCCACAAAGAGUCUGUCAGUUCAGUCCUAACGAUCACAUCGAUCAGAGAGGGAGCAUCUUCGAUGGUUGGAAAUGGAUACUCUCAAAAAUACUAUGAUUACCAUAAACUGAGAAACACGUUUGGACAAACAAAUCUAAACAAGAGAAAAAUGAAAGAAAGGGGAAAGUGGAUUAUCAUCCAUGCAUCAGCUUUGAUCUGGCUUCUACUUGGUUCGAUCACGGUCAUCAUUGUUCUUAACAGUGUCCCUAAACAAACAAGUAGCAGUCCGUUGAGUGUUGUAUGUAGCCAACAAGAUGUUAUGCUAGCUAUCGACCUUGGCAUCGAUCCGUUCUGGCUCUCUUCAGCUACUUUUACAAUGGAGAGUACUAGAGGAAGCUCCACAUUGUAUUUAGCAAAUAUAUCACGUGAAGAUGCACCUACUAGUACUACAAUAACGCACAGGCUUAAUUUUCCACCUUUCUACUUGGCUCAGGGUUCAAACUACAGUGUCACUAACAAUUUGAGUAUUCCUGUCGAGUUCUGGUUCAUAAAAUCGGAGCCUAGAAAUUGUCCAGAUCAGUACGUGUGGAAUUGUUCUGAUCCUCAGGAUGAUAAUAAGAUCUGUGAAAAAACAAAAUCGGGAGAAGCUACUUCACUGUAUACUGUGAAUGUAUCGGACUACUAUACGUUUUGUGUGAACCCUGCGACUAAAAGAUUCACAAACACUGAGACUUUGAAUUUGGUAACAUAUGAUCUGACUGCUAUACAAGAGAGGAGUAGACAACGAAUGGAAAUGUCACGAACAGAAAAAACAGUCAAUUUGAACAUGUACAAGUGGUUUGACUUUCACAAAGAAGAACUGUCAAUUUUUUUGCACAUCAACUCAUGUGGUGGAGAUGAUGAAUUCAACGAACUACCACUGAAAAUUGAAGUUCAUCGGAGAAUGGAUAUUCUGUGCAUUCCGAUACUGAUUGCUUUGAUAUUGGCUAUCUUCCAUUUAUUGAUCACUGUAAUUGUACAUAUCCGUCAAAAGCGACUGUGUAGACGUCAAAAGAACAAUACUAUUAACUAUAUUAGAUGACUUCUAUAUUGGUGUGUGAUUUUUAUUUUAGAAGAGAAGCAGAACUGUACCAAGGGCAUCUUUAUCAAGGUCAAUAAUUGUACUAUGAA